UGCCGCCGCCGACGGCGACGUCGGACUUUGCCAGGGUGGAGGCGCGGGCGCGCGACGAGCUCGGGACCACGCUCGUCUACCACAACCUGGACGUGCGCGACUCCGUGGCCCUCAACGACGCCGUGGGCGCCAUCGCGGCGCGGCACGGCCGCCUGGACGGCCUCAUCGCCGCCGCGGGCAUCCAGCAGGAGACGCCGGCGCUCGAGUACAGCGCCGAGGACUGCGACAAGAUGCUCGGCGUCAACGUCACGGGCGUCUUCAUGACGGCGCAGGCCGUCGCGAGGGAGAUGGUCAAGCGGAAGCAGAAGGGGAGCUUGGUCCUCAUUGGGAGCAUGAGCGGUACCGUGGCCAAUCGCGGGCUCAUCUGUCCUGCCUACAACGCAUCCAAGGCAGCGGUGCUGCAGCUGGCCCGCAACCUCGCGGCAGAAUGGGGCGAGCACGGCAUCCGCGUCAACACCAUCUCGCCCGGCUACAUCGUCACGGCCAUGACGGCGGGCCUGUUCGAGGCCUUCCCGGAGAGGAAGACGGAUUGGCCCAACGCCAACAUGCUGGGCCGCCUCAGCUACCCCCACGAGUAUAGGGGAGCCGCCGUCUUCCUCCUCAGCGACGCCAGCAGCUUCAUGACGGGCUCGGACUUGAGGAUAGACGGAGGCCAUUGUGCCUGGUAAAUGAAGGACCAAACCUAGGUUCGGCAAGGUACUGUACAUACUUCGAGCAUCUUCGCACCAUGUGGAGGAGUUCUGGUUGGAGCGGCGAGCGCGUACGGAUAUAUAUCCUCGUUGCCUGAACUUGAUAAUAAUAAGCCGGGGGUAUCAUUUGGAUUUGUUUUUUUUUGUACGGUAGCCAGUUAGUUUUACACAGGUGAUGACAGGUUUAAUGAGUAAUUCCCAC